UUUAGCGGAGAGAUACACACACAGGAGGAGGUAUGGCUGGCCAGGCGGGCGGAGUGCGUCUGAGAUGUGCACGUAGCCGGGAAGAUGUGGUCAAGGCUCGUCAGAGAUGUGGACGUAGCCGGGAAGAUGUGACCAAGGUGCUUCUGAAUCGUGAACGUAGCCGGGAAGAUGUGGCAAAGGCUCGUCAGAGAUGUGGACGUAGCCGGGAAGAUGUGACCAAGGUGCUUCUGAAUCGUGAACGUAGCCGGGAAGAUGUGGCAAAGGCUCGUCAGAGAUGUGGACGUAGCCGGGAAGAUGUGACCAAGGUGCUUCUGAAUCGUGAACGUAGCCGGGAAGAUGUGGCCAAAGCUCGUCAGAGAUGUGGACGUAGCCGGGAAGAUGUGGCCAAAGUGCUUCAGAAUCGUGAACGUAGCCGGGAAGAUGUGACCAAGGUGCGACAAAAAUGUGGACGUAGCCGGGAAAAUGUGACCAAGAUGCGACAAAAAUGUGGACGUAGCCGGGAAGAUGUGGCCAAAGUACGCAAGAGAUGUGAACGUAGCCGAAAAGAUGCGUCCAAAGAUCGGCUGCUAGCCGCUGGCACAGACAAGAAGAAAAGGGAAGGUGAUAAAAUAAAAGGUAAAGACACAACAAAACCGUCAUUGUUCAGAACGCUGGGCUGCUGGCUUCUCCUGCAGUAUCUUCUUCCUCGCCAUCACUAUUUGGGUCCUGGAAAUGCGUUGUGUCGAGGAUCGGAAGAGCCCGUGGACGAGGACGACAGGAUCGCCCAAGAACAUGACCGGGAGUACGGACUUGCCAGUACCAAGCAGGACGUGAGGAGAGCAGACCGUGCAGCCAUCGGUAGAUUCUGGUGUAACCUUGUUACUACGUGGAACUGGCACUCAAUUGUAGGAUUAUUCAUCGUGUCCAUCAAGUACGCGGUAGAAAGUCUUCUUCCGAGGCCAAUCUAUCCUUUGGGGUUGUCCCAACAUAGUGAUGAGAGGUGUAUACAGGGAAAGGUCAUUGGGGCCAAGAGUAAGACUUUGCAGGGCGCGCCUCCUCGAAGAUGCCCGUGUCCCGGACAGUACGUGGGACGGACUCCACAAGAAACACCUGGUCACCGGAUGAACCGCCCACCGUCACCUCCGAAGUACUUUACCGACUUUUCAGUUGUCAGCGAGACGUCUUUAGCUUACACCGAAACAGAACCGACUCCGUACACAACUCCUGGUCACCGUAUGAGCCGACCGCCUUCACCUCCCCGAGUGUUCACGUACGAUGCGCCCGGUCUGCCCUCUAGCAGAGCUGGCACUCCUUAUAUGGCUGCAUCUUCGCCAGGAAGUGGGAAUUACACAUAUGGAAGAUCGUCACCCCAGCGGUGCCCUGGAGCUCCACUUGCCCACUCCUCGCCCAUAAGAAGUCCUUCUGUGAGCUCGCAGGCAACGUACUCCCCAGGGCUCAGUCCCGUCAGUUCAUGUCGCCCGAGAGAUGAUGUACUUAACAGAGCUUUCAAUGCAAACCCGAAUGCAACUUUUAGUGUAUGUCCAGAAGAUGAAACUUUAGUGGGAGGCCCAGCAGAUGCAACAUUUAGUGUGUGCCCAGAAGAUGAAACUUUAGUGGGAGGCCCAGCAGAUGCAACAUUUAGUGUGUGCCCAGAAGAUGAAACUUUAGUGGGAGGCCCAGCAGAUGCAACCUUUAGUGUUUGCCCUGAAGAUGAAACUUUUGUAGGGGGCCGGGCGAAUGAAACUUUUAAUGUGGGGCGAGGAAAUGAAACCUAUGCUUGGGAAGAUUCAGAUGCUGAAGGAAUAUUUGAGGAUAUGAGUCUUGAAGAUGACGUAUUUGAACCACCGGGAUGUCCGAGGGUGAAGAAGAAGCCUCCUCCAUUAGUGAUCCAAGAAGAUUUAAAUGAAACGUUUACUAUUCGAGCUCCAGGACAAGGGUUUGCAAAACAAAAUACGGAUUCUCCUCUCAAUGAAACUUACGAGGUUGGUUCUUCUCUAAGUAUAACACUCAAGAUGGAGGAACCUCAUAAUGCAACUUUCGAAAUCGAUAGACCUCAUAAUGCAACUUUCGAAAUGAAUAGUCCUCAUAAUGCAACUUAUGAAAUGGAAAGGCCUCAUAAUGCAACUUUCGAAAUUGAUUGUCCACAAGGCGCACCUUCAAAUUCACAAUCGGAAGGAGGGAUAGAUGACUGUUUGAGAGAAAGGAUUGAGCAGAGCCAGGAGCGAGUGCGUACUCUCAUCGGCAAAUUGCAGGCCUUGAUCAAUACCACACAGCAAUGCAAAAGAGAAGAUCUUAACAGAACCUACUAGUCUCACUGAAGGACGCCGCUGGUAGCGAUGGACGGUGGCUGAUAAUUCCUACCUACUCCAUUUAAAACAAUAAAAAACGAAUAAAAUAUUUUAAAAUUGUGCAUUUAAUAUAUCUCAACGAAACUCUAAA